UUUGUCUAAACAAUUCAUAUAUGGCUCUAAUAAAACAUAUUUUGUUGUAUUUCAGAAUGUUUAUCGUCGUGUUGGCAGUACUGUUGUGUCAUGGCGUGGAGAUGAAGAGUUCUAAUGAUAAAUGGCGUAACAGUGAUGUACUUAUGAAUGAAAUUGACGAUUAUUACAGUAAAUUAGCAGUCUACAUCGAGGAGGAUGGUGAUCCGCACAAGCGUUUCUUUUCUGUCAUAUCUCUCGCAAUGUACAUGUAUGUGACAAGUGACGUAAUCGAUGACGUAGAACGCGCUAAAGAUGCAGUGGAAAAGACCAGAGAACAGCUGGACCAACCUGCUGAUGUGAUAGCAUCGCCUAUGAGAUCUCUAUUGAUCUUACUCCAGUCAGUCAUACAACAGCCAUUAACAGAUGUCAAAGCAUCCUGUCUACCAAACACAGCGCAAUCUGAAUGCGAUAUGAAUCUGAAUAAAACUCAUAAUUAUGGAGAAGAUUAUUGUUAUGGAUACUACAAGAAUGUUGAAUUAUACGACAUACUGACGAGCAGUCAACAGGCUAGCAACCGUGCUAGAUUCAUGAAGCAUCUUUUAAGACAUAGACGAGGCAGCGAUGAACAAGCUCUUUCGUUCUUUGAGAAGGCAGCGACAAGAACUUACAAGGACUUUUUCUGUGAUAUGAAUGAGGUUUACAAGAUGAUGCUUCAAGAUUAUUUUCCUUGCAAUUUCCCAAUGAUACUUAUGACAUAGUUAUGCAAAUGUUUGAAUUGUUUUCAUUAAAAUGAAUUUAUAUUUUAUGGGU